AUGGGUUACAACGACUGGGAUAACGAUAACGAGCCGGCCGUGGACCGUGACCACGACUGGCGUGCAGUACCGGGUGAUUUCGACACGAUACCUGUGAUCGAUGUUGCCGGUAUUAGAAGUGAUCAUUUCGAUGAGAGACGCAAGAUUGCUGCCCAGAUUAGGGACGCUUGCGUGCGAGUCGGGUUUUUCUACAUUCAAAACCAUGGCAUUAACGACGAUGUUAUUCAAGGCGUGUUCAAGGCGGCAGAGACUUUUUUCGCGCUGCCAUUUGAGCAGAAAAUGGAAGUAUUCAUCGAUAAUAGUCCAAAUUUCCGGGGCUACACUCCCAUCGGGGGUUCGGGGAAGCCUGGACCGGACGGACGAGGAAAUCUGAACGAGGCGUUCGAAUGGGGCCAUGAUUCGAAGCUGAACGAUGAUCCCAACGAUGCUUGCGACGACCCGUAUAUGAAGGGCCGCAACCGAUGGCCACGGGAGCCCGCUGACUUCGAGGACCAGCUAUCUACUUACUAUCGAGAAUUGCGGGCCUUUUGCCGUCUGUUGGCCAGGUCUGUCGCGCUGUCACUAGGUCUAGACGAGGACUAUUUUUCCUCCUAUACAUCUCACCCCGGUUGCGCCAGCGUCCUAGCCCAUUACCCGCCUCAAGAACGAGGCGCCGCGGCCCGCGGUCUGGAUGCCCAUACCGAUUCUGAAUUCUUCACGAUUCUUGCACCAGGACCCGUCCGCGCUCUGGAGGUCGCGAAUAAAGCCGGGGAGUGGAUAUCAGCUCCUCCUAAGCCCGGAACCUUCAUAGUCAACGUCGGUGACCAGCUUCAAGCCUUCACCAACGACCUCUACAUCUCGACUCGUCACCGAGUCAUGAACUACACUGGACAAGAGCGAUACGCCAUCCCCUUCUUUUUCUCAACAAACUUUGAGACCGUCAUCAAACCAAUCCCGGAACUGCUUACCGGAGACCAGGUAGCCAGAAACCGGCAGGUCUCGGCUGGACAGAUGUAUAAGGAAAACAUGACCUCUCUCCACCGAAUCGCGUCAGCGGUCCCAGACUUCGCCAAGUAUCGUAAGGAGGAGGCAACCACGGUAUAG